AUGCCACGUUUUAAGAUCGGCAACCUGUCCAAAGAGAGAAAGCGACUGAAGGAGAAAGUUGUCAUGGAAAACCACAGUUUAGAUGCACUUCAUGAUGAACUUUCUAAGUUGACAACUGAGAAGGAAAAGAAGAGAAAAGAGCUAUGUAAUAUGAAAGCGAAACACAGAAGGCUGGAUCUCAAG